AUGUCAUCCGAAACUCCUCCUCCAACAGAAAGCGAACUUAUCGAUCAGGAAAUUGCGGCCCUCAAAGAACAAGCUGCUGCAUUACGCAAGUCGCUCAAGAUCCAAACAUCUACUAUCCUCUCCGCACCCUCGACGCAAGCUCUCCUCAAGUCAAACAAAGGGUUCUCGUCCCGCAAGUCCUCAUCUCACACCAAAGUCCUCAGCCAGUCCGAAAAGCAAAAGGCACACACACAACAAAACCUUUACCGCUCGUAUAGCUCCGUUACGGCCUUCAAGGUCCAUGAUCCAGAUCCCAAUGCAGUCGACGGCGGCCAUGUUUUGGGUUUACGAUUCGAAAUAAUGUCCAAGAGCCAGUUCUUGCAGCCAUACUACGUCUUUCUCAACCGACCAUACUACAACUCAAAACACAUGCGCGUUCACAGAAAUACACUCCCUCCUGCGAUUUCCAUUGCUGGAUUGGCGGCGCGACAUCUCCCAGCUCCACGCCCAGAAAGUAAUAGUCCCCCACGGCAGGACUUGGAUCGAUUUGUCAGAACGCUACGACGGGAGGUUGUGCGGUAUCAUAACAGAUUGGGUGUUUCCGCCGAUUUAAGACGAAGCCUGGGACUACACGGCAAAAUCGACGAUACAGUUUUACCCGACGACAUUGUUGAGGUUGGGAUAGCGGACAUCGAGGCCAAGCAGAUCAGGUUUUCCUGGGCCGAUGACCGAAGCGGCAGAGUUGUCAUGGACAGUGACGGCAAGGUUAUCAAGCUCAUGAUGUUUGGCAGAGAAGGCCGUGACUGGGAGACGACUAAGGAGCUGUAUGGCAAGUACGAGCGUAUCGAAGACGUGGCCAAGACGCUUCAGGAGUAUGUCAAUGGUUGA